GGGCUGAUAACGACAGCGAGUACUGUCUGUUGCUUGUGUCAGAUGCACACCUCUUAUGGUAGAGGGAGACUCUUUGCCGAGGUAUAAAUGUCAUCUCGUCCCUCCUUGAAUAUCUCCAGCAAACCUUCCCUUCUGCGUCGACUUGCCUCUGAGCUAACUCAGUCUCCACAACAUGUCUGACACCGUCCAGAACCUCCUUGCCAAGAACCAGGCCUACGCAGCGGAUAACUACGGUAUCCCGCCCAACUUCGACACGCUCUCCAGCUUGCCCAGGAACCAAGCCGUCGCCAUUAUCUCGUGCAUGGACCCCCGGCUCGUCCCCGAGGAAUACUUCAAGUUCCACAAGGGCGAAUACCCCGUGAUCCGCGUCGCAGGAGGCCGCGUGAAAGAUGCUCUGCGCUCGCUCCUCGUCCUCGAGCACCACCUUGGCCUAGGCGGGGUCGCUGUCGUGCACCACACCGACUGCGGCAUGACGCACGCGUCUGACGCUGAGUUCAAAGCGACGUUCAAGGCUCGCGCAGCCACCGCCGAGCAGGUCGCCGAGAUCGACGCGAUUGACUUCGACGAGAUCCACAGCAAGGACGUGCGCGCGAGUGUGAAGAGCGAUGUGAAGUAUUUGAAGGAGAGUCCCUGGUUUGGGAAGGAAAUAAAUAUUGUUGGGCUUGUGUUCGAUCUGAACACGGGUAAGGUGGAGCAGGUUCAAUGAGCAGCGCGAGGACUAGAGAAAAAAUGCCGAUAGCAGAGUAGCUAGUGUAUAAAUAAAAAUGCGUCUAAUCUUCGACCUAUGGUAAAACCACCACCUGAAC